GCUCACUCUCCUCACUUCAAAAAAUCAACACUAGCAACGAUUUUACUAAAGUUUUCGCUUUUUUAGUAGCUACUUCUUUUCUCUCUCUUUGAAACAACGGCUAUUCAUCAUUUUGAUCAAUUUUCUGAUCAAAAUCAACAAAAUGGUCAAGGUGAUGAAGAAGAUGAAGAAGUCGACGAUCGCCCGCGGCGUCUUUGCGCGCUCGCAAGUUUGGAAAGGUCUCAAGGUGAAGACCAGCGCAGGACUGAAAAAAUCUGACUUGUUUAAAAACAAGUGGGGGAGAAUAGUCUCGAAGCAUGCUUCGAAAGUUGCCACGGUCAACGUCUUGAAGAAGGCAAAGUAA